UGUUAAAAGUAUUUUUGUGUAGGUUCUAAUGUUCAGUGGGGAUUUAUGUUUAAUUUUUUGCCAUUAGUAUAUAUUUUGGCAAGACCACAGUGGCUUUGCAUUGUCCGACAGUUGUUUAAACAAUCAAAACAUCAAACAAUCAAAAUAUCAAAAUGAAAGUGCUCAUUGUUGUCGCUUUAAUCGCUGUGGCUUGUGCUGCUGCUUAUCCACAAUACAAUCAAUACCAUAAUUCUCCAUUCCAAGCUCCAGCUCGUGCUGCGGUACAUUCCGUGCAUCCAGUACAUUCCGUGCAUCCAGUACAACCAGUAGCCCAACCCCAACAUCACGCUAGAUCUGGUGCCUACGAUUCAUCCAAAGAUGCUAGAGUUUUACGUUACGACAGUGAAACCAGUGUAGGAAACGACGGAUACAGAUUUGCCGUUGAAACCAGCGAUGGGCACCAAAGAGAAGAACAAGCUGUCCUUGAAAAUGCCGGAACUAAAGAGGAAUCACUCUCUGUAUCAGGAAGAUACUUUUACCCAGGAUUGAACGGCGAAACUUUCGAAGUCACCUACGUUGCUGACAAAGACGGCUAUAGAGCUAGCGGACCUCAUCUACCACAACCCGUUCAAGCCCUUCAUUAAACCAUAAAAUUGUUUUUUGUUGAUAUUCAACAUUAACGCUUAUAAAUAAAAAAAGUUAUAUAUAAUAGAAA